AAACUGAAUUUAAUAAAAAUGAAGAACAAUAAUCAUAGGUUGCGUUUCUGAGUUCUCAGAAGGUUUGGGUCAGUGAAGUCUUCUCCGUGAAGAAGAAGAAGAAGAAGAAGCGUUUGCGGUAAAGCAUGGAUGAAGCCGAAUUUCAACGCCUUCUCCAACUCUUCCCCGUUGUUCGUUCUCGCGAUUAUUCUGAGGAACCAGUAUCAUCAUCCAGACAACUUGAACCUGGGUCAGCACAGAAUGAAGUACUAAAAGAGUGGCAAGAUGCAUGGGAUGAAAGGGAUAAGGAUUUUGGGAAGCAAGAAAUUAAUGAAAACGGUUUAUUUUGGAGCAAGCUAAAGUCAGAGGCUGCUAGGAAGGUGGGUGCAGAAGAAGCGGAGAAAUUUUGCAAGGCAUUCCAACAAGUUCAUAAGAAACUAGUCAAUGAAGAGUUAAGUUUAGAUGCUGCUCGAAGCUUCUUAAACUCAUCCUAGAGUUCCAAAGGAUCAUGCUUUCGACAUUUCCUCGUGAUUCAACCAUCAGCCGUUGUAAUUCUUUUGUACUGUAUCAAAAUAUUUUAUAAUUUAAUAUCGGCUAUAUUUUGAAUUGUAGUUAUUUAUUAUUACUAUUGUAUUAUUAAGAACUAGCAUUCUUUUUCCCCCAAUAACCCUCCACCCCUUUUUUCUUCAUUUCAAUUGUGUGAACUUAUUGUUUUUAUUUGCCUUUAUGUCUGGAACUUGCAUCAUACUGUGGUGAUUGUGAUUGUGAUUGUAUCAGAAUCGAUUAUAUCA